GGGGAGAGCAGGAGAGCCGCGGACACCCCGGUCGCUGCUCGGUGCUGCUGCAGCGGGAUCGGAGCAUCACCCGGCCGGCCGGACCCGACACAGCAUGCUGCACUGGCACACGAGGCAGGGGAAGCGGCGCUAGGAGAUACGGGCAUUGCUGGCGCUACUGCUGGGUAAGGCAACACCCUCUACAUUGCCUGCUAAGGCUUCACCCCAAUGAUGCCUGAAGAUAGCUCCCCAAGGGUCAGUCCCCAGGGCGUCCCGUACAAGGAUCUGACGCACUUUGUGAACGAAGAGGGACAGAACCUGUAUUGCAGAUACUGGAAGCCAACAACACCGCCGAGGGCUCUGGUGUUUAUUUCACACGGCGCCGGGGAGCACUGCUGCCGGUACGAUGACUUGGCGCAAAUCCUGACCGGCUUGAACAUCUCCGUGUUUUCCCACGAUCACGUUGGUCAUGGUCAGAGCGAGGGGGAGAGGAUGAUUGUGUCCGACUUCAACGUCUAUGUCAGGGAUGGCUUACAGCAUGUGGACCUCAUGAAGAAAGAGCACCCCGACCUUCCCAUGUUUAUCAUCGGACACUCCAUGGGAGGCGCCAUAUCCAUCCUCAUGGCCAGCGAAAGACCUGCUGACUUCUCAGGUGUCAUCUUAAUAUCUCCAUUAGUCUUACCCAACCCUGAGUCGGCAACAUCAUUCAAGGUUUUUGCAGCAAAAAUAUUGAACCAUGUUCUCCCCAACUUUUCCCUGGGCUGUAUCGACCCGAAUUUUGUAUCUCGGAAUAAGAAAGAGGUUGAGUCCUAUGUGACGGAUCCUCUGGUUUAUCAUGGCGGAAUGAAGGUUUCCUUUGGAGUGCAGUUGCUGAACGCCACGUCCCGGGUGGAGAGAGCGCUCCCUAAUUUCAAGCUCCCAUUACUGUUAUUCCACGGCACGGCAGACAAACUCUGUGACAUCAGAGGAUCCCACCUGAUGAUGGACACGGUCCCCAGUGAAGACAAGACGCUUAAGGUCUAUGACACCGGAUUCCAUGCUCUGCACAAAGAGUUGCCAGAGGUGACCAGCUCUGUGUUCCAAGAAAUCGAAAACUGGCUUCUUCAAAGGAUAGAAAGACCAGAAUCAGCGUCGGCCCCAAACCCACCGGAAACUGGGAGCACCUAGAAAGUUGCCAUUUUAUACCUGUACCAAGGUCAUCAUCCACUCACCUGGGCCGCUUACCCUGGUUGGCUUCCAUCUCAGUUCUGCCUCUUUCUUUCAGAUCUACCACCUUCUUUUGGUGGAGCCAACACCAUGACCGAUCCCCGCUGAGGUAAGCCUCUACCCGGAAGAACCUCAAAACGCAAUGAAACUUAAACUCCGCUGAAGACCAAUUCACUUCUCCGCAUUUUGAGAAAGCACAAGGAGUCGCGCAACACAAUGCAACGGGAGGAAAUCCCAAACCCAACCGAGGAGGAAGCACAACAACAACAACAACAACAAAAAAAAAUGAAACCUCAGAACUGGAAACCUCGUAAAGUCAGGUGAAAUUGGGCAUUACAAUUCUCAGCAAUAAUUUUAUGAAUCAGACCCUGGUCCCAGAAGCAUCGCCAAACAAUCUGAGCUGAUCGGACCCAGGAAAAAAAAAAAAAGCGUGUAUUUUUAGAUCGAAAUCAAGGAAAAACAAAGCAAUACAAAAAAAAAAGGCACAAAAAGCAGUCUGAGUUUGUGACGUAUUUGAAAAACUUUUCAUCGUUUGAGAAAAGGUGCAAAAAGGAUUUUACAAACAAAUCACUAGACGGAAUCCAUGUAAAUAUUCCCCGUUCUUCUAUUUUAAUAGAUUUUAUUACAUAGUAUAUAAAUAAUACUGUUUAAUAUGUUAAUAUAUUUACUGCUUGAAUGGUGAUUCAGGAAUGGUGUUUUUUGUUUGUUUGUUUUUUUAAAUAUUUCACACCUUUAUUCAGAAAUAAUGAAAUUUGUGGCCUUUAAUCUGGUAAUCUCCGGUGUGUUUUAAGUUUAUGAACGCUGUGAUGCGUAGAGCAAGCCAUGGCAAAACUUUGGUUUCCGCGUCGACAAAGAAAAGGUCAACGCAGACGUCGCCCGCCGUGAUUACUGUCGGUUUAAUGACUGUUUUUUGCUUCAAUUUGUAGCUCGGUAUACAAUGUGUUAAUUUUGAUCCUUUCAUUAAACCUCAACAGCUAUAAACAGUUGAGGGCGUGAAGACAA